UUGACGUGCCACAUGGCCGAACAAGAUGACUUUGGAUUUAUUGGAUUUGGAAGAUGCGCGAGACCCGCCGUCACCCUCUUCCUUCCACGAAGAUGACGCUAGGAGGUUUGGUUCGAGAUCUUGGUCGAAGUGUAAAGGUUCUUCGCCCCCUCGAAGAUCGCAAGGGGCUCUACGGGCUCCGCCAAAGUCCAGCCAUGCUUGGUUGGAGGUGGCUGAUGAGCCCUCAAUAGACUGGCUGCGAGAUUUCCUGGCAAAGUACAGGACCGUGCAAACACCGCAGCCUCAAAGCACAGGCCUAGCCCGUUCUGAUUCGCCUGCAAGCAGAAGGGUGAUGGACUUUAUUCUGCCAGAGGAGUCCAAGCUAUGCAAGGAUUUCAUGCAAAGAUUCCUGUUGCGUUUGGAUGAGCGGCGCUCAGCAGAGCGUCAGCCGACAAGCAAAGCUGCCACGGCAAGACAGGUUGCGAGAGCCAGAUCUGUGCCGGCCAAGGGACAAAGGGACUCGACAGACAAAGGGAUGCGCGCACGAAGCACCGCAAGGGAAGAAUCCCCUGAAGUGGUCGCCGCAGUGGCCCGAGCCCGACGGAGAGCCAGCGAUGAGAAACGCCGCCAGGCGAAGGCGGAAGAAGCGACGGCCAAGGCACUGCAAAAGGAGCGCUACGGCAAGAGGGACGAGCGGUUGGCCCGAUUCAGUGAAGACACGAAGGUGAAACAACGCGUCCUUGCCAGAAGACCGUCGCCGCGGAGGAGUAGCUUUGGUGCUGGGCUUGGCCUCGACUCGGAGCACCUGGAUUUGCUGUUGACCGAGGAGCUGUUUCCACGUUGCAAAGUGUCUGGCCAGGAGCUUGACUUGAUGUAACAUGCACCGGCUCAACUCUUCGAUCGGUUCUGAGCAGAGACUGGAGCUGGACAAAGCGCCAGACCCCGUUUGAAAA